AUGUUGACAAAGACUCAGGAGGCAUCGAGUUCGGGUGUGAAUGCGAGUCUGCGAGUGACGAUUUGGAUGCGGAAAUCAGAUAGUAAUCCCAAAGAAACGGAGGAUGAAGAGCAUAGCCAGCAGAAGAAACUGGAUAUAGCUCGAAGGAAACGGAAGAUCGAGAAAACAACAAAAGAGAUGGACACGAAAGGCAGAAAAAGCGCGAAUUUGGACGCAAGAGGAGAUCCGUCUUGA